AUGUCUCGCGGUGCUUCGGCAGGGUUCGAUAGACAUAUUACGAUCUUUUCGCCUGAAGGACGCCUAUAUCAAGUUGAAUAUGCGUUCAAAGCGAUCAACUCGACGAAUCUGACUGUCGUUGCGGUGAAGGGAAAAGACAGUGCAUGUGUGGUGUGUCAGAAAAAGGUGCCGGAUAAGUUGAUUGACCCGACCACCGUCACUAGUCUCUAUCGCAUCACAGAGAGGAUAGGCGCGGCAAUGGUUGGAAUGGAAGGUACUAUUGAUGAAGCUUUUCAGUUUUAGGG